AUGCCAGCAUCAAGUCCAUCCAUACAGCCAAGUCCAGCUCCACAACCCCCUUCAGCCAAUGUUCCAUCGCCAGAUCUGAGUCUGCAGCAUCCACGAAAGAGUCACGUCAGUCUGAAGGAUGAGCCUGGCUUUCGUUUCCACAGAUAUCGCCGCUCGCCCAUUGCCAGAGAGUGGAAGAUUGGCCGCAAACGCAUCACUGCCGUCAUCGCCUGUCUCAACACAAUGGUCGUUGGUCUGAUUGCUGGCAUCUAUGCUGGUGAGGUACCCAAGAUCCAGUACAAGCUAGGAGACGAGCACCAUCAUGUCAUCCUGGGCAACGUUCUACUCUACGUUGGAAUGGGUAUCACCACACUCAUCUUCUGGCCUCUUCCUCUCCUUCACGGCAGAAGGCCAUACACAUUGGCAGCUCUCGCAAUUGCCAUUCCUCUUCAAUUCCCUCAGUCAAUUGCCACAGGCUUUCCGAGAGGUCCACACCUAGCCAAAUCACUUGCUGGUCUACUCGUUCCGCGAUUCUUCCUUGGCUUCGCUCUCGGCUUCGCACACAUCAACUUCUUGUCAACUCUUUUGGACCUCUUUGGUGCCUCCCUUCAAUCACGGAAUCCGCAUCAAGAACUUGUCUUCUACGACGAUGUCCGACGUCAAGGUGGAGGGAUGGGUAUCUGGCUAGGUUGUUGGGCUUGGUGCUUCGUCGGCUCCUUGUCUCUUGGCUUCCUGAUCGGCGCUGCCAUCACUCAGCAUCUGGAUCCUGCUUGGGGAUUCUACGUCGUUGUCAUCAUCCUCUCAUUUUUCAUUCUGUUGAACGUCAUCGCGCCAGAGACACGCCGCGCCCCCUACCGACGUUCAGUUCUCAGAUAUCUGGAUGAAGAAGAGAAGCUCAAGAAACGUGUGGCUCGUGGUGAAAUCAAAUUGCACCUUGAUCAAGACGGCCCCAAGUACUGGUGGGAAGAAGUUUGGGCCGGCAUGAGACUCAUGGCCCGCAUGUUCUGUCAAGUCGGCUUCUUCGUCCUUGCCGUCUACUUGGCCUGGAUCUACGCCUUGGUCGUACUCGUUACGCUGCUCCUGGGUGCACUGCUUUCUCGUAACUACAGAUGGCAGCCACAGUACAUUGGCCUCGCUGUCUUUGCUGUCGCAGUUGGUGCCGCACUUGCUGUUCCUUUGACAAAAGCCAAUGUCUUUUCGCGCGAGAGAGUCCAACCACUACGUACCGACAGCGGUACAUUUGAGCCGCGUGUCACUUGGUCAUCGCAUCUGCUUAGACGAUGCUUGUUUACUUUCGCUCUACCCAUUGCCGGUCUUGCAUACGUUCUGGCAUCUCCUGGACCAAGCGUAAAAGCCGCCGGUCCUACGGUCUUGGCUGCAAUCAUCGGCUUUCUGGCAUGUCUCGCCGUCGCAGAAUGCAUUGGACUCGCAAUGGAAGCUUUCGACACGAGCGAUCUCCAACCCGGAGUCAACAACAAACAUCGUCUGGCCAGCAUGGACAGUGCAACUCGCAGAAGACGCACAAACUAUUCAUCAUACCCUCGCGUGUGUGCAGGUAUCUUUGCCGCACAAGGACUAGGCUUCUUUUUCGCAGCCGCCGCAACUGCUGUGAGUGGUAACAUGACACGAGCUCUCGGAGCACAAGCGGCGACCGGGGUCACGGUUGGCAUCCUGUUAGGACUGACCAUGUUGCUAUCGCUUGUCAUGUGGCGUUUCAGAUCUGUGCAAGUGAUUCCGAACGGCGCCUUUGGCUCUCGCGGGGGAGGCAGCAUUGACAGAGAAAUUGUGGACAAGGACUGGAAACCUGUAGUCAUCGGCAAUCCUUCAGGCAAGAUGAGGCGGAUGAACUUGCUCGAGAUGGGCUCGUUCAGCAGGUGGACGGAGAUUCGCAAAUUGAAUAAUCUGGCCAGUGAUGAGAGGAGGCAUUACGUGUGA